CUUUUUUUACAAGUACGUUUUCUUUUCUUUUUUAAAUGAAAUUUCUACGUAAACAUGAUCAUGAAGAGAGUACACGAUUAUUAGAAACCGUCAAGGAUGAAGGAGACCAUGACAAGUACAAAAUGGUCUAUUGGAUCUACUUUAUAUAUGGUAUCGCCAUGUUGUUGCCUUGGAACGGUAAGUCUUUAAGAAGAGUCUACUGAGAUAUACGUUAUUAAAGAGUGAGAGGAAUCCAGUGUUUAUUACGGCCUCCGAAUACUUUGCCAAACGAUUUGCCAAUAGUCCUUACGAAGAAACCUUUCAAAACUAUUUCUCCACAUAUUUUACAAUUACCAAUCUAUUCACCUUUGUCUUUAUACUAUGGAUGCAGAACAGGUCUGCGUUUAGUUUGAAUUCGUUUAUCCCCAUUUUCAUCAAUACAGUAAUCUUUGGAGUGUUGGCAGUGACGGUAGAGACAGAUAUUGGUGGUUCGGGUUAUUUCUGGUUUAUCAUGGUCUUGAUUGUUUUGACGGGUGCUACCACAAGUUUCUUUCAGAAUUCCGUUUUUAGCGAGGCCAGUCAGUUGCCUCCCAUGUACAUGCAGGCUGUACUCAGUGGACAAGGCAUUGCAGGAGUGAUUGUAGCGGUAUCAUCUAUCCUCAGUGCAAUUGCAGCCAACAGCAAUGACGUACCGGAUGAAUCUUCCAUCAGCCGAUCCGCAUUUUUAUAUUUUUUAUCGGCAUUUUUGAUCACUACGGCAGCAUUAGUGGGUCGUCUAGUGGUAGUCAAGUUACCCUUUUAUCGUCGACAGAUGAACCUUAAAUCAUUAUUGGUGGAAGAAAUCUUGCAAGAAGAACAAGAAGAAGAGGAUGAAGUAGAGGAAGCACCUGCCAAGGUAAUGGAUGUUGUACGUAAAUCGUAUGGACUUGUGUUUACAGUAGGAUAUAUCUUUAUUAUCACCUUGAUGUUAUUCCCAUCCAUCACUUCUUUGAUCAAAUCCGUACGACGUAAUACGCAAUCCAAUCGAUUCUUUGAUGAUGAUAUCUUUGUUGCCUUUCAUUUCUUGUUAUUUAAUGUUGGAGAUUGGGUGGGGCGUAUGAUGCCUAUUUCUCGCUACUUUCAAAUAUUCCAGGUGAAAUACCUAGUGUUAUUAUCGACUGCGCGUAGUGUAUUUUUACCAUUGUUCUUGUUAUGUAAUGUGAUUGUUUCGGAUGAACGUAAAUUACCUGUACUUAUCGGGAGUGAUUUUAUGUACUUUGUGCUGAUCUGGAUAUUUGCGGUCACGAACGGUUGGAUCUGCAGUUUAGCCAUGAUGGCUGCACCUCAAUUAAAGACGAUCCGGGCACCUGAGAAGGCCAUGGUAGGUAGUGUCAUGAGUUUCUCAUUGAUUGUAGGUUUAGCCAUUGGUGGUUCGCUCAGUUUUAUUGCUCGGUGGAUGGUUUAAAUAGAAAUAAAAAUUUACAAUGCGUCCCUGUUUGUUUAAUUCUUUUUUUACGGCGCAAAACCCCU